AUGGAUACUCCUCCUCCGUACACCCCAGGCUCCACCUUGACAAUCAAAGUUUCUGAAGUCUACAUCAUCGUCACAGUAGAAAAGCAAUUCACUCCUUACACAUCCAGCCAGGUACUCGUCGUCCAUGCAACUUCUACUAGUGCCAAAUUACCACCAAACCACCCUCCACUCGGCACUCCUAUAAUUUUGAAAAUUUACGAUCCUCGCUACGUCGAGAACCGCGAAGCCUUCUAUGGUUAUGAUGGCACCUUUUUUCCUGCGAAACCGUGGUCCUUAGAAGACGAAGAAAAAGCCACCGCCUAUCGCGAAGCCAUGGAGGAUUGGAACGACCUAAUUAGCGACGAGGUCGAGAUGGCAAAUCCGGGCAUGGUCAUUGAAUUCAAAUUAUUUCUAAAGGCAUACACUUCGUGGACUCGAGAGGUCAACGCCUACCUUGCACUUGCUGAUUCUCCUCUUUCCGGUUUCUCUGUACCGACGUUGUAUGGUAUUGGGGAUUUCAUACCAGAAGAGCCACGCGCAAUCGUACCCCGCAUACUCCUUGAAUAUGUCCCGCACUCAACGUCGCUUGACAAACUCCAAAAUAUCAAACUCAUGAUCACGCCAUGGCACAUCCGCACUCUCCUUGCGGCCACUCGGAAAAUGAAUGAACUGGGAGUCGUUCACUGGGAGUUGCAUCCUGGCAACAUCCUUCUUUGUCCAGAUCGUGUGGUUAUUGUCGAUUUUGAAUUGAAAAACGUAUCUGCCGCCUGUCUGCGCAUCAAGGAAGGGGCGUCGGGGAGUCUAUGA